AUGAAGAGGGAUAUGCAUAUUUUGCAGGCUUUCUGUAGCUUUUCUGUAAUCGUGUGGACAUUUUUCAGUAUUACACGGGCACACGCGAAAGAAUCACAACAAAUCCCCCUGAAUGUGGUAAAACUAUGGGCUUCCGCGUUUGGAGGGGAAAUCAAGUCUAUUUCAGCCAAAUACUCAGGUUCACAAUUCCUGCAGAAGAAGUAUAAAGAGCAUGAAAAGACUGUCACUGUUAAGGAAAUAGAUGGCCUCCAGCUUGUCAAAAAACUGGCAAAGGAUAUGGAACAAAUGUUUCAUAAUAAAGCUGAAGCCGUAAGACGCCUUGUUGAAGCUGCUGAAAAUGCUCACUUGCAGCAUGAAUAUAAUUCAGAUUUGGAGUAUGAAUACUUCAAUGCUGUUUUAAUAAACGAAAAAGAUGAAAAUGGCAACUAUGUGGAACUUGGGAAGGAAUUUAUUUUGGAGCCUAAUGAACAUUUUAAUAACUUGCCUGUCAACGUCAGCUUAAGUGACGUCCAAGUACCAACCAACAAGUACAACAAAGAUCCCGCUAUCGUAAAUGGAGUUUCCUGGUCUGAAGCUUUAAACAAAGUUUUUGUUGACAAUUUUGAACGUGACCCUUCUCUAAUAUGGCAAUAUUUUGGGAGUGCCAAUGGAUUUUUCAGACAGUAUCCAGGUAUAAAAUGGGAGCCAGACGAAAAUGGAGUCAUUGCAUUUGACUGCAGAAACCGCAAAUGGUACAUUCAGGCAGCCACUUCACCCAAAGAUGUUAUCAUUUUAGUUGAUGUCAGUGGAAGUAUGAAAGGGCUUCGCAUGACAAUAGCCAAACAAACAGUUUCUUCCAUCCUCGACACACUUGGAGAUGAUGACUUUUUCAAUAUUAUUGCAUACAAUGAAGAGCUCCAUUACGUGGAACCUUGCUUGAAUAACACUUUAGUACAAGCAGACAGGAACAACAAAGAGCAUUUCAGAGAACACCUUGAUACCCUGAAUGCAAAAGGAAUUGGAAUGCUGGGCUACGCUUUGACAGAGGCUUUCAUCCUUCUGAAUCAGUUUAACAGCACAGGUCAUGGAAGCAGUUGCAGCCAAGCUAUUAUGCUUGUUACUGAUGGAGCAGUGGAUACAUAUGAUACUGUAUUUGCAAAAUACAACUGGCCUGAUCGAAAGGUGCGUAUAUUUGCUUAUUUGAUUGGACGUGAAGCUGUAUUUUCUGAAAAUCUGAAAUGGAUGGCUUGUGCAAAUAAAGGAUAUUUCACUCAGAUUUCUACUCUGGCUGACGUGCAAGAAAAUGUGAUGGAAUACCUUCAUGUUCUAAGCAGACCAAAGGUCAUUGACCAGGAGCAUGAUAUUGUGUGGACUGAAGCCUAUAUUGACAGCACUCUCCCACAGGCUAAGCAGCUGUCCGUUGAUUCAGAUCGUGUUCUAAUGACCACAAUUGCAAUGCCAGUAUUUAGCAAGAAAAACGAGACACGCAAUCAAGGUAUUCUUCUGGGUGUGGUGGGCACGGACGUUCCUGUGAAAGAGCUUUUGAAGGUUAUUCCAAAGUAUAAGCUUGGCAUUCAUGGAUAUGCUUUUGCAAUAACAAACAAUGGCUACGUUUUGACACAUCCAGAUCUGAGACCACCGUAUGAAGAAGGAAAAAGGAGGAUAAAACCCAGCUAUAAAAGUGUUGACCUCUCUGAACUGGAAUGGGAAGACAAGGAUAACAUUCUGCGCAAUGGUAUGGUAAACCGGAAAACAGGAAAAUUUUCUAUGGAGGUGAAAAAGACUGUGGAAAAAGGGAAACGAGUCUUUGUGAUGACAAAUGAUUACUAUUACACAGACAUCAAAGGCACUCCUUUCAGUCUAGGUGUGGCUUUAUCUCGAGGGCAUGGGAAGUACUUCCUCCAGGGAAACGUUACUCUGGAAGAAGGUUUGCAUGACCUGGAUCACCCAGAUUUAUCACUGAUGGAGGAAUGGAACUAUUGUAAUAUUGACAUACAUCCUCAGUAUCGUAACCUCUUUCAGCUUGAAGCUGUCAAACUCUUCCUCACAGGGAAAGAGCCACUUCUACAGUGUGACAAAGAAUUAAUCCAGGAAGUACUUUUUGAUGCUGUAGUGACAGCACCCCUGGAAGCUUACUGGACCAGCUUGGCUCUGAACAGAUCUGAAAAUGCUGACAAAGGAGUUGAAGUUUCUUUCUUGGGAACUCGCACAGGCCUAAGUCGUGUCAAUCUGUUUGUUGGACCGGAACAACGUACUGAUCAAGACUUCUUGAGUCCACAAGACAAGGAAAAUAUUUUUACAGCAGAUCAUUUCCCUCUGUGGUACAGAAAGUCAGCAGAACAACUUCCAGGAACUUUUGUCUAUUCCAUUCCAUUUAGUACAGAGGCAGAAAAUAAAAGUAAUGUUGUGACAGCCAGUACAACUGUGCAGCUUUUGGACAACAGAAAAUCACCAGUGGUUGCAGCUGUGGGUAUUCAAAUGAAGUUGGAGUUUUUCCAAAAGAAGUUCUGGACUGCAAGCCGUCAGUGUGCUUCACUUGAUGGUAAAUGCAGUAUUAGCUGUGACGAUGAGGGUAAGCACAUAAUAAUAAACUGUUACCUCAUAGAUAACAAUGGAUUUAUUUUGGUGUCGGAAAAUUAUGAUGAGACUGGAACGUUUUUUGGUGAAGUGGAAGGAGCUGUUAUGAAUAAACUGUUACUGAUGGGCUCAUUUAAACGAAUAACACUUUAUGACUACCAAGCCAUGUGUAGAACAACCGUAGACAAUAGCGACAGUGCACAUAGCUUACUGGAUCCUUAUUAUGUCUUCUUUGCUGCAGUAAAGUGGAUUAUGACAGAACUUAUCUUAUUCCUGGUGGAAUUCAAUCUUUGUAGUUGGUGGAAUUCUGACUUCACGGUAAAGGCACAGAGACCUAAGCAAGUUCUCCAGCCAUGUGACACUGAAUAUGCAGCUUUUGUGUCUGAACGGACGAUAAAGGAAACUACGGGGACAAUCAGCUGUGAUGGCUGCCACAAGUCAUUUGUGAUCCAGCAGAUUCCAAGCAGCAACCUGUUUAUGGUAGUUGUAGAUGCCAGCUGUGAAUGCAGUAUUGGACCAAUUACAAUGGACCCCAUAGAAAUUAUAUAUAAUGAAUCCAUGAAAUGUGAUCAUCUCAGAUCUCAGAAAAUCAGAAGACGUCCGGACUCCUGUCAUCCAUUCCAUGCUGAAGAAAAUGCAAGAGAAUGUGGAGGUGUACUGGGCUUAGGACCUUGCCCUGCAAUUCUGCUGCUGCCUCUCAUCCUUGCAUUAUCUCAGAGGUGACAGAAACUCUAGUGUCAGCAUUUUGGCAUGAUGAAUCAAAAACUGAAUGACACAGUUUAAAGGAAAUGUCAAGCAGUGGAAAACCUCUUCUACAUUACACAAAAUAUUAGAAAUGGAAACUAUUGGUGGAAUCAUACUGAAGAUAAAUAUCAGAACAGAAGUAGGCAAAAGAUGUGCAUCUUAUGCAAAACAUAUACAGGUAUUGUCAUUAUGGUAACCAUAAACUGUGAGCCUAAAAAAAUCACUUUGCAGGCAUCAUUGGUGAUUGAUUGUUUUGAGCCUUGCCUUAUCCUUAAGAGAUUGGACAUGUUUGUGUACAUUUUUUAAUAAAUUAUCUUUUGAAAACUGCAGGUUCAAUGUAGCAUGGAGUACCUUUUGUUGUGUCGAUUGUUAACUCUAUGUUUCACGGUUGCGUUGUUUUUUUUCUGCAUAUCACUUGUAUGUGACUUUACUAUAAAGGAAACUAGUUGUUUCUGUACAAAAAACUGUUUACAGUGCUAAAAUAUGUUCGACUAGUUGCUAGAGUCCUGAUAGAAAUAGAUAUGGAAUGCUAAAUCACCUUUUCAACAGCCUUUUAAAAACAAAAAUAAAUUAAAUAAUUAUUGCAUCAACUUAUGUUUCAAUUGAAAUGUUUAUUUGUUCAAACUAGCAACUUGUUGCUUUAUUGUAGGUCUACAUUUCCAUAUUUCAAAACCUAGGAAUAUUGUAGCAAGGAUAAUUCUUAGUUAAUCUUAAAAAGUGUUCAUUGCAGCUUUCCAAAUAUGCAC